AUGGAGAGCAGCCCCAGCUCUUCGAAACGUCAGCCAGAAAAGUCCCCGGAUCCGGUGAGCAAUUCAUUCUCCUCAGAUUACCGACCCGGAUCUCUUACUUUUUCUAACCUGAGCUCAAGUGUUGAGCCCUCAGUGCUCCGUGCAGCGCGCCGUUGGGAGAAAUUCGCCCUACGGACCGCGUCAACACAAGCGCAAUUGCACUUUCUUCAUCGCUGCCUUGACCAACAAUUGACUCCAAAAUGUGUCAUCUAUAAGCCGCCUGUGAAUUCAACCUUGGCAAGGGAGACUUUGGCGCGACACGGCAGAAGAAUGACUAGAGUACUUAUACAUGAUUGCCAUCAAAGACUGCAACGUUACAGCCUAGAAAUUGCUCAAUCUAAAUCAUAUUUCGAGGCAACUACUGGUGAAGCAUCGAAGGACAUUGAGGAAACCAUUCUCAAUCAUGUUCGAAAGGUACGAGCCAAAAAGAACAAAGAAUUAUCAGUAAAAUUGGCCAAACUGAGACCAGUUCGCUCAGAUCACUCGUCGGGCGACCUUGUCCACAACCUUUCUUCUAAAUCCCUCACCAGCACACAACUUGCAGUCCUGGGACGUGGAGCCACUUUCAACACAGCAGACGCUGCACCCCCAGAGUUCAUUGCCGCUUUUGAAUCUGUUCUUCAGCUAACACAAACGUCAGAAGAGACGAAGGAGUUGAUCCGUCACAAAACCUCCUCUUUGUUAAUGCAACAUAAGAAGAGCGAAACUCUUAGUAAGGCAGAACAGCAAGCAUUAAAAAGCCUAAAAGCGGAUAAAGACAUAAUCAUCCUGCCGGCUGACAAAGGCCGUUCCACAGUAGUGCUUGACAAAUCCGAUUACCAGAAGAAAGCUUUGAGUCUACUCGACGACACACAGUCCUAUAAACUUUGUCCAGCAAGUGAGAUGAAAAAUCUGCUUACUCAAAUAAACAAAAGCCUGGCAAAACUCAGAGCGAAUGGAGCAAUCACAGCUAAAGAUUGGUUUCUUAUGAAACCCUCUGACUCUGCCGCCGCGCGGUUUUAUGGUCUUCCGAAGGUACACAAAGCUAACAUACCUCUUAGACCCAUCGUCUCCCUACGUGGUACUCCUACAUACGGUUUGGCAAAAUGGAUGUUUGCUCGUCUUAAGUUCCUGGCAGAAGGAUCGCCAACAACAGUCGUCUCUGCUAAUCAGUUCCUUGAACGUUUAAAACAUCUGAAACUAGAGCCAGAUGAAUCCAUGGUAUCGUUUGAUGUCGUUUCACUCUUUACCUCCAUUCCACAACAACUAGCGAUUGACGUUGUGAGACAACUCCUGGCUGACCGCUACAACGAGAGAGACAAUCCCCUGAAGACCGAACAUCUCGUGGAGCUCUUACGCUAUUGCCUAAAAACAUAUUUCACCUUUGGUGGACAAAUGUAUGAACAAAUCAAAGGCACCCCUAUGGGCUCCCCCAUAUCAGGGCUGAUUGCUGAAGUGGUUCUUCAACGGAUAGAACACUUGGUGUUCACCAAGUAUCAACCAAAGUUCUGGGCUCGUUACGUCGAUGACACCUUCGCCAUUGUCAAAUCAUCUGACGUGGAGCACCUUAAAGAAUUACUGAACUCGGUUGAUCAGAAUAUCCAAUUCACGAUGGAAGCCGAAACAAACAACCAACUUCCCUUCCUCGAUGUCCUUGUGCGUCGGUGUGCAACUGGAGAAUUACAAACUACCGUUUUCAGAAAAGCCACCAACACAAGACAAAUACUGCACUUCAACAGCAAUCACCCCCUCUCUCACAAACGCAGCUGUGUCCGUACUCUGUUCCAAAGAGUUGAAACACACUGCAGCACACCAGCCGACAAAAGAGUUGAACGACAAUAUCUUCAUGAUCUCUUUCAAACCAAUGGAUACCCAAGCCACUUCAUCAAGCAAAGCAAGCGCCGAGUGAACAGACGACGGCCACAAGAAGAACAACCCGAAGUCUGGAGGGCUAUUCCUUACAUUAAAGGAGUCUCCGAAGCGGUUUCAAGACUGCUACAACCCGCCAGGGUAGGUAUUGCCCAUCGAUCCCAGGCAACAAUUCGUCGCCGUUUGAUGCAACCCAAAGACAUACUGCCACCCACUGAAACCUCAGCAGUUGUCUAUCAAAUACGUUGUAAGGAUGGAGACUGCAACUACGUUGGGGAAACCGGACGGAAAUUGCAGACCCGCCUACAUGAGCACAAACUGGCAACACGGAGACUAGACCCAAACUCACAGCUUGCGGCUCACAUCGGAGAAGCUGGUCACAGUUUUGAUUUUCAAGGAGCAGCCGUCAUAGGCAGGGGCACCUCAAAGACUGAGCGUCUCACUCUUGAGGCUUGGUACUCAGAUGCCAACUCCAUCAACAGGCAUCUAGACCUUCCUUCGGCCUAUAAAGUCCUACGUCACUUCAUACACCGUGACGAAGACAAGACAAUCACACGGAGCCUAAGAAUGCCGAGCAAACACGGCCUGUCGACCACUUCACCCAAAAGGGGAAAGCAAACGCAACCAACCCCAAUUGAGGUGACGACACGUAGUACAGGAGGCCACAAACAUUAA